UGUCGCGCGUGAUGUCCUCUUACGGCACACGUGCAAACAGUACGUGCGAAGUGUGCGCCGCGAGGUCGACAUAACCUCAAAAGCGCGUCAUUAUGCAUAAUCGAGCCGCGACGGGCGGCCCGCGAGCGUUUUGAGGUCGUCGCGAUCACGGGAGGAUCGCGCGCGCACGUCGUCGCCUCGCCGUUUGCCUAAUUGAAAGAAGGCCGGGGAAAGACAAGACAAUGACGAUCGUCAACAUCUUGCUGCGGCUGGACGUCGCGAUCAGGUUUACCGGAGUCAGACAUUUAAGUACAAAACCAAAAUUUGGUUUACUUUUUGACAUUGACGGCGUCAUAAUACGUGGAAAAAAAAUAUUGCCGCCUGUAAAAGAGUCUUUUAAACGGCUUCAAGGGGACAAUGGAAAAUUUCGCAUUCCCACGCUGUUCGUCACCAACAGCGGGAAUUCACUGCGCAGUCAGAAAGCUGCAGAGCUGUCGGAAUGGAUAGGCGUCCAAGUCACGGAGUCGCAAGUCGUCCUGGCUCACUCACCAUUGCAAAUGUUCGAUAAUCUACACAAUAAACAAGUUCUCAUAUCUGGUCAAGGCCCAAUAACGGAUAUAGCCCGGGAACUGGGAUUCAAGAAGACGACGACUAUGGAGGAACUAGUGAAGAACUUUCCUUGCUUAGACUACAUAAACGUGAAGAAGAGAAGUCCGAUUUGCGGCCCAGUCGAUCCAAAUUUCCCGCAAAUCGAUGGAAUCUUGCUCCUGAGCGAGCCGAUACAUUGGGAAACGCCAUUGCAAUUAAUGGUAGAUCUACUAGUUACCAACGGAAUGCCCACAGGAUUGCCUACUGCUAUUCCAUAUCCGCACAUUCCAGUGUUGGCGUGCAACAUGGAUUUGCUAUGGGCGUCGGAGGCGCCGAUUCCCCGAUACGGUCACGGUGCUUUCUUGUUGUGUCUUGAAAACUUGUACAAGAAGGUCACAGGGAAAGACAUGAUGUACACUGCUCUAGUCGGAAAACCUAGUGAGAUUACAUAUUACCAUGCCAAUCAAAUGCUCGUUAAUCACGCCAGAAGCAUCGGCAUUAACAAUAUCGACACGAUUUAUGCUAUUGGCGACAAUAUUAAUACCGACAUUUUUGGCGCGAAUCUAUACGACAAGUAUUUAUCCCGCUACGAGUCCGGAGAGGGGACUAAAUCCCGCAGCCUAGAAAAACUCCUUGGGAAGAACAUGAGGGAUCCCAACGCGAAGGCCUGCAUUAGUAUUUUAGUUGAGACUGGCGUGCACCAACGAGACUCCAAAUUUAUACCCGAACACAGUCCCAGGGAUUUCUUGCCGGUCGACGAUGGUCUUUGUAAACCGGCAUUUAUCGUGAAGGACGUCGGGCAGGCUAUCAAUCUUGCGUUUAAAGAAGAGAAGUUUGAAUAAGUUAGCGUAUAAUAGGUAGCCUUGGGAUAUUAUUAUCCUUAUAUUAUUGAAGAAAAAGAGCAAGAGAGAGAGAGAGAGAGAGAGAAAUAACGUGAGUAUUAUAGCAAAUAAUCUUUUAGAAAGUGUUAGUCUUCGACAUAGACAACGUUUCGUAACGGAGAAACAGAAAAUAGCAGGAGAGGCUAUAAUACGUGAAAGUAAUAUAUUAUUUUGCUCCUUUUUUUAAUAUCUUUAUGAUUCUUUUAAACUGCCUACUUAAUGAAAAAUAAAUAAAUAAAUUCUAGCGUAUUUCAGCGAGUUGUAUGAAUUAAAGAAAAGAAUUACGCGAAAACGAAGUUAUAAUUCGGUUUAUUUAGAUUAUCGUAGAUAUAGAACAACAGAAAACGAUAUUGCCAUAUUAUUGUAAAGUUGAAGCGAUAAACACAUAUAUAAAACGUAUAUGUGCAUAGAGGACUUUUAUUAUGAAUUUUAAUAUAAUUAUGACUGCUAAAGUAAAAUUUUGUUCAAGCAACGGUCUGGUACAUGUGCAGUGCAUAAUUUUAUAAAUAUUUAACUGAAAUUUUAUUAGAUAAUUCGACACAUUGUACAUGAGCCAUCUCUAAGCAUGCGUUAUUACAGAUAAUUAUAUCGUAGUUGUAUGGUAAACUGAGCCGAACGUUUUGAUCUGCAAAGUACACUGUGCACUACGCCUCGUUUAGUCGAAAGCAAUGCAAGAUAUGCAAAGUGAUACAUAUAACGCUCCCAUAGUAGAUAAAUAAUAGACAUAAUUUCGAUCCGCUCUUAAAAUUUGCAGCUGUGUUCUGAGAAUUAUAUGCAAAAGUAUAAUCUAUACUAAAAGUAACAUAUGAAAUAUGAAUAGAUUACACUUUAUAAUAUAUAUACGUAUAUAGCCAGGUCUAGUCUUGAAAUGCAGCUCAUUAGCGGAUGCGAAUAAAUAAAUAAAAAGUAUAGACAGAUUUUUUUGUAGUUAUAAUAGACCAAAACUAAAGGACAGUUGCCUUUCGUCGCGAAAAUGAAUUUAUUAUAAUGAAUGAAUACAAAACAACGAGAAUUUAUUCUGCACAAUUACGUCAUUAAAUUAUUAUUUUUCGGAAGUAAGGAUUGGUGUAUGUAAAAUUUAUAAAAGAUUUUUUUUUUAAGAAUUCUAUAAAAGCGCUUCUCUUUGAAGAUCUGAAAUUUAAUUCUACAGAGUAAAUUCGAUUCUUCUCGA